AACUAGCGGCGCCAAGUGCGCGGCGCCGUCGGUCUCGGCACCCAGCCGCCACCACAUCAGGCCGCCGCUCCAGCUCCGCUGACCCGCCCGCCCCUGCGCGCGUGUCGCGGCGCGGCCCGGCGGCCGGGCUUUAUUUGUUCGUUCGUUUGCCGUGUCUGCCGCGGAGCGUGGCUGAGGUUGAUCGCUCGGCUAGGCUAGUAGAGCACUAGAGCUGUCUGCUGCGGGGCCGGUAGGAGGUCAUGGCGGCCACGCCGCGGUCGUGGACGUGGGCGUGCGAGUGCUGCGUGGGGAGGAGGAGGAGGAAGGGCGGCGCGGGCGCGGGCGCGGGCGAGACGGGCGGCGGCGCGGGCGCGUCGGGGCGGGCGGAGGAGGGCGACGAGUGGAGCCUCUUCAUGGACCUGCCCGUGCUCGAGGCCGCCACCGACGGCUUCUCCGACGGCAACCUCCUCGGCCGCGGCGGGUUCGGCCCCGUCUACAAGGGGGUUCUUCAGGACGGCCAGCAGAUCGCCGUGAAGAAGCUGUCGCUGGGGUCACGGCAGGGCGUGCGCGAGUUCCUGAACGAGGUGCGGCUCCUGCUCAAGGUGCAGCACCGGAACCUGGUGUCCCUGCUUGGCUGCUGCGCUUCCUCCGGUCAGAAGAUGCUCGUCUACCCCUACUUUCCCAAUGGAAGCCUCGACCAUAUUCUCUUCAACAGGGAGAAGAGUGUGCAGCUCGAUUGGCCAAGGCGAUACCAGAUAAUCAUUGGGUUAGCAAGAGGCCUCCUCUACCUUCACGAGGAGUCCCCGUUGAAGAUCAUCCACAGAGACAUCAAGGCGAGCAACGUGCUCCUGGACAACCAGCUGAACCCGAAGAUUUCAGAUUUCGGCAUGGCGAGGCUCUUCCUGGAGGACGCGACGCACGUCAACACAUUCAAAAUCUCUGGCACAUAUGGUUACAUGGCUCCAGAGUACGCGAUGAACGGCUACUUGUCCACCAAGACUGACGUCUUCAGCUUCGGGAUCCUGGUGCUGGAGAUUGUGAGCGGACGGAAGAACAUCGUCCGGCAUGCGGACGACGAGAAGAUCGACCUCUUGAACUACACAUGGAAGCUGUUCGAAGAAGGACGGUCCCUGGAGAUCGUGGACCCGUCUCUGUCGGAGCCCGACACCGAGCAGACGCUGCAGUGCAUCCAGCUCGGGCUGCUGUGCUGCCAGGCCGUGGUGUCGGACCGGCCGGACAUGCACAGCGUGCACCUCAUCCUGUCGAGCGACUCGUUCACGCUGCCCAAGCCGGGGAAGCCAGCGAUCCACGGCAGGACCGGGCGGUGGAUGACGACGACGGCUUCGGGAUCGGCGUCAGCGUCGGCGUUGUCGGCCACCGGUGGCUCCAGCACCAACACCGCCACCACGUUCGGCACCGACACGAACACGACGAGGGCCUCUGCGCUGGCCAAUAUCGCUGAGGACGAGUCCAGGAACUCCAUUUCCAUAUCCUUCACCACGGAAGGCCGGUAAAAACGAUGAGAGGACGAGCGGCGGGAUUACUAUGGUGGGAUGUGAAGAAUAGUAGUAGUUUUGUGAGGGAGUGGCUUGAUUGGUAGCUAGGUUGAUUUGUACAAUUCGAUUCAUAUUCAGAGAAUGGUCAUUAGGCUUUUUUUUUCUUUUGAGGGGAGAAUGGUCAUUAGCUGCUUUACCAGUUGAGAAAUUUUACGGUGCUUGGAGAUUUUAUGAGCCGUUGAGGGGUCCAGAUCCAAUGGUUAAAAAAUGGAAGGAACUAGUUACGAAAAACUAAAUGUGUGGACCAGGAACUAUUAUUUUGUGGGCCAUGAACCACUUAUGGAAAUGAUGCUAAGGGUAUUUUAGCA